GUGUGGCCCUGGGCAGGAGCACUUUAGGUCUUGGUGGAGCCAUGCUGCGGAUCUUGUGCCUGGCGCUGUGUGGCCUGCUGACUGGUGCACGGGCCGACCCUGGGGCACUGCUUCGUCUGGGCAUGGACAUCAUGAACCACGAGGUCCAGAGGGCCAUGGAGGAGAGUCAUAUCCUGGAAAAGACGGCAGCAGAGGCAGGCAAGAAACGGCCUGGGGUUAAACCCAUCAAGGGCCUCAGCAAUAUGAAGGUCAAAGAUGUUGUCACACCUGUCAUCACACUGAACUUUGUACCUGGAGUGGGCAUCUUCCAGUGCGUGGCUACGGGCAUGACCAUCACUGGCAAGAGCUUUACGGGAGCGAACAUGGAGAUCAUUGUUGUCCUGAACAUCACAGCCACCAACCGGUUUCUGCAGGAUGAGGAGACAGGACUCCCCAUGUUCAAGAGUGAGGACUGUGAGAUCAUCCUGGUCAGCGUGAAAACCAACCUGCCAAGCAACAUGCUGCCCAAGGUGAUCAACAAGUUCCUGGACAGCACCCUGCACAAAGUCCUCCCUGGCCUGAUGUGUCCAGCCAUUGACGCGGUCCUGGUGUAUGUGAACAAGAGGUGGGCCAGCCUGAAUGACCCCAUGCCCUUGGGCCGGAUGGGCACUGUCAAAUAUGCCCUGGCAUCCACACCGACCACAACAACCAGCCACAUCCAGGUGGACUUUAGUCCCCUGGUGCAGCAGCAAACAGGCAAAAUGAUCCCGCUGACCAGCUCCGGGGAGAGCCUCGAGUUUCCCGAGGGCUGUGCUGAGGGCUCAUCGCAGCUGCUCUUGUCAGCUGCCUUCCUCACGGCAGAGCUGGCCCUGCUGCAGAAGUCUUUGGAUGUGAAGAUCCAGGAUAAGAUGAUUGGUGAGCUGCCCCCACAAACCACCGAGACCCUGGCUGGCUUCCUCCCUGAGGUGGCUGAGGUCUAUCCCAAGCCGAAGCCCUUGGUGACCCAGAUCAGGAUAAAAAAGUCCCCCAAGGUCACCAUAACAUCAGGAAAGAGCCUGCUGCACCUCCACGGCACCCUGGAGAUGUUUGCUGCUCAGCGGGGCAAGCGCCCUGUGUCCCUCUUCCUCCUGGAGGUGCACUUCAAUCUGAGGAUCUGGUACUCAGUGCAUGAGAACCGGCUACAGAUGGCCACCUCUCUGAACAGAUUACUGAACCUAUCCCAGAGGUCCUCAGCGGUUGGCGACGUCAAUGAAAAGGAGUUAAUCAACUUCAUCACUGAUUAUCUCCAAGAAGCCUACAUUCCAGUAGUCAAUGAUGUACUCCAAGUGGGGCUCCCACUCCCAAAUCUUCUGGAUAUCAACUAUGACCUAGCUGAGCUGGACAUAGUGGAGAAUGCCCUGGUGCUGGACCUGACGCAGGCCUGACGCACAGGACUCCCUUGCAGCUGUCGGCACACCACCAUCCCUGCACCCUAUAGUGGGGCUGCCUUAUGAG